CUCAAGGAGCUCGGUGCUCUCGGGCCCGGCGAGAUCUUCCGCGCGUGCCCAGGAAAAGGGUUUUGCGUACACGGAGAGCAUGUCGGCCAUGAACGCGGACGACUUUCUGCCGAUUCAUAUUUACGUGGUCGUGCACUCGGGGCUCCAGCGGCCGUACUUUGCCAAGGAAUUCCUCGGCGCCAUGAUCCACCGUCCAAAAUGCUGGGCAAACCGGGUACUUCCUCACCAUGUUUGA